AUCAUCAACACAACAAAACUGUCCCUAACCCCGACACUUGUUAAACUUUGCACUAAUCAAAACUAUUUAUUACUAACUCCUAAUUUAUUUACAUUUUUUUAUUCUUACAUAAAUUCCUUAAAACAUUUGUUUCUUUCAUUUCUCCAAAUUCUCUCUCUUCAAAAUCCCAAUUAAAAUGAGUUUAGUAGACAUAAUAACAAGAGUAGACGCCAUUUGCAACAAGUACGACAAGUACGACGUCGACAAACGCCGCGAAUUCGAUGUUUCCGGCGAAGAUGCUUUCGCUCGUUUUUACUCCGAAUUUCAGUCAAAUAUCGACACUGCCGUCGGAAAAUCCGACGCCGCUUCUUCCGAGAAAAAUAGGGCUUCUGCUGUCGCUCUUUUUGCCGAAGUUAGACGGAUUAAGGCUCGUUUGCUUGAGGAACUUCCCAAAUUACACAAGUUAGCUUAUAAAAAGGUGAAAGGACUUUCGAGGGAGGAGCUUGAAGCUCGUAAUGAUUUAGUGUCUGCUCUGAAAGAGAGGAUUGAGUCAAUACCGGAUGGCACUCAAGUUGUACCCAAGCAAACUGGUGGAUGGACUGCUUCGACUUCAAUGACAGCUAUUAAAAUAGACACUCAUUCAGAGGCUUGGACUCGUGCUGGGUAUUUUGAACAAAGUGAGGAGCCUUCUAAGUUUCAGCAGGAGUAUGAAAUGCGGAAAAUGAAGCAGGAUGAAGGUUUAGAUUAUAUUGCUGAAGGACUGGACACUCUGAAAGAUAUGGCCCAAGCUAUGAAUGAGGAAAUGGAUAGACAAGAGCCACUUAUGGAUGAAAUGGAUAAGAAGGCUGACAGAGCAACAUCUGACCUCAAAAAUACCAAUGUGAGACUCAAGGACACUCUGACCCAGCUGAGGUCCAGUCGCAACUUCUGCCUCGACAUCAUACUCUUGUGUAUAAUUUUGGGAAUAGCAGCCUACUUGUAUAAUGCGCUGAAGUGAGUUCGAUGCUAUUAGAUGUUCAUACUCGACUACUCGUACCACCAGCUUUUCUAUUAUACACAAUGCAUGAUGAUGCCAUGCACAUAGUAUAUAUCAUCUCCUUUCUAUGGUAUAAAAAUGCGUACACUUGUAUAUUCAUUAUAGGUUUGAGUUUACUGAAGGAUUAAAUACUGAGAAUAAGUGAAUAACUUAGUCUUAGCUUUAACUCAUGUGCAUACUUCAGGAGUAAAUUAUGGUUCACGUAGAAGUUCUUAGAAUUAGGGUUUUUCUUAGUGAUUUACGGGUUGUGGUUGUAAACUUGUUUCGAGGUUGCUUGUUUGAAUUUGCUUGAUCUUAUGCUAUGCUCUGUUUUCGGUUUCAAAUUAGUUCGAAUCUUGGCAUUUCAAAAUGUUACUCGAGUCAUAUAUAAUUCAUGAUGUUGUUCCACCUUAUACCA